AUGUCUACGUUAGCGAAGCCCCGGUCGGAUAUGACCCAAGAAGAACUUUUAGCGAAAGAGCAAGAAGAGUUCAAUGUUGGUCCCCUUUCUGUUCUGACACAGUCCGUGAAGAAUAAUGCGCAAGUGUUAAUUAAUUGUCGCAACAACAAAAAACUUCUCGGCAGAGUUAAAGCUUUUGAUAGGCAUUGCAAUAUGGUAUUGGAAAGUGUGAAGGAAAUGUGGACAGAACUGCCAAAGACCGGCAAGGGUAAAAAGAAAGCUAAACCAGUUGCUAAAGAUCGUUUUAUUCCGAAGAUGUUUUUACGGGGUGACUCGGUUAUUUUGGUCCUCAAAAACCCUAUGGGUGCGCCCGAAUCGACUUGA